GUGCAGCGCUCUGGUGGGUCGGUGAAGCCGCUUUUUUUGGCUUCGGAGCUCCGAGCGAGAGAGAGAGAAGCCAGCGCUGAGCAGCUUCCAGACACUGAGGAGAGAGCAUUAAAGACAUAAAGAAGGAGGAAGAGAAAGACUGAGGCAGGUAAAAAAGAAGAGAGGAUAACUCGACCAGGAGAAGAAGACUGAAAGGGUGACUGUAGUGAUGGCUGAGGCACCUCAGCAGCAGCAGCCAGAGGAGGAGGAGGAGGAGCAGCAGAGCACUGUGGAGGCGACCGAGACUGAUGAAGGGUCUGAGGAACAGAAGGAGAGUGUCCAGACGACCCCGACCCGACCUCUGCUGUCCAUGAGGUCCAUGAGCAUUGUGGACCCAGACGACGACUCCCCCAACAUGAUCGCCUACAGAAAGAUUGAAGACAUUAUCACUCUCAUCCAGGAUGAGACGGAGGGUGUGCCCAUCAGAACUGUGAAAAGUUUCAUGACCAAAAUCCCCAGUGUAGUUACAGGUACAGAUAUUGUACAGUGGCUGAUGAAGAACCUGUCAAUGGAGGAUCCAGCUGAGGCCAUGCACAUCGGGAGUCUCAUUGCAGCUCAGGGGUACUUCUUCCCUAUCUCAGACCACGUCCUCUCCCUCAAAGAUGAUGGCACUUUCUACCGCUUUCAGGCACCGUAUUUUUGGCCAUCCAACUGUUGGGAGCCUGAGAACACAGACUAUGCCAUUUACCUGUGCAAGCGGACCAUGCAGAACAAGACCAGGCUGGAGCUGGCAGAUUAUGAAGCGGAGAACCUAGCCAGGCUGCAGAGAGCCUUUGCCAGGAAGUGGGAGUUUAUCUACAUGCAGGCUGAGGCCCAGGUCAAGAUCGACAGGAAAAAGGAUAAAACUGAGAGGAAGAUCCUUGACAGUCAGGAGAGAGCCUUCUGGGACGUCCAUAGACCUGUGCCUGGAUGUGUUAACACGACAGAGAUGGACAUCAGGAAAUGUAGACGCAUGAAGAACCCUCAUAGAGUUAAGAAGUCAGUGUAUGGUUUGGCAGAGGAGGGAUCACAGUCUCAGAGUCCCAUACAUACUCCCUUGCACCACUGCAGGAAAGGCACCAAGGAGGAUGUAGAGAAAGAGAUCGUAUUCCUGAACACCCAGGUAGACCGUCACCGUAUGAAGAUGUCUAAAGUUGCUGAAAGUCUGAUGAGCUACACUGAGCAGUACAUGGACUAUGACCCGUUUGUGAUGGCACCGGAGCCGUCCAACCCCUGGACCAGCGAUGAUCCCUCCCUCUGGGAUCUGGAUGCCAGUAAGGAGCCCAGUCAACAGCGGGUGAAGAAGUGGGGUUUCUCUCUGGAGGAGGCCCUGAAGGACCCGGCAGGACAGGAGCUUUUCCUCAAGUUCCUGGAGUCAGAGUUUAGCUCAGAAAACCUUCGGUUCUGGUUGGCUGUGCAGGCCCUGAAGAGGAUGCCCCAGCAGGAAGUUGCCCAGAGGGCGCAGGACAUUUGGGCAGAGUUUCUGGCGGAGGGAGCACCCAGCUCCAUCAACCUGGACUCUCACAGCUACGAACGCACUAGCCACAACCUGAAAGACCCCGGACGAUACUGCUAUGAGGACGCACAGGACCACAUCUACAAGCUGAUGAAAAGUGACAGCUAUGCACGCUUCUUGCGCUCCAACGUGUACCAGGACCUGCUGUUGGCAAGGAAGAAACCUGAAACCGAGCAGGGGCGACGCACCUCCCUGGAGAAGUUCACUCGCAGUGUGGGCAAGUCACUGACGGGCAAACGACUGACAGGCCUCAUGCAGUCGUCCUGACAAGGCCUGGAAGAAGAGUAGGUGUAACCCUACCCAGAAGAGCUGCUUUCCCAUGGGGAGCAGGUGGAAAAGGACCCUGGGGUGUUUGGGUGUGGGAGGCGGAUGAUGGCUCCCGAUGAGCCUAGACUGCUGUUCCUGGACCACUAUCCACAUCUGAAACUCACCUUGGAUCAGUUCAGGAGGACUGACAGCAUGCAAUAAGUCACCAGACCUGACAACAGGACAGUGCUGUCACAUUGUAGAGGAUAAACAAUGCUGCUCUUCUUAGGAGGUUUCUACUCAAAAGCCUGCACCCAGCAGGCUUUAUUUUUUCUCCCUAGUUAUUUUUGUCCACUACCUACACUCAUGUUAAUAUGGUAGCUUAAGAGGCUAUCACUUUACUUUCAGUAAUAUAAACAUGGAAUGCUUGAAUACAAAUGAGACAUAGAUUAAUGCUGUAGCUAUCUAGGAAUGAAGAGUAAACACCCUCACUCUUGAGCUGAACUUCAGCUCAAUCUUCACAUUAAUGGCAGUCAGACUUUUAGCUUUAAUGGUUGAUCAGGUGGAGUUUAACACCAACUUUUGGUGUGUCCAGUAGUGGUUUAGCUAACUGCAAUGUGUGUUAUUCAAAUUAAUGCCUGUUUUUUAUGGUUAUUACAGACUGAUGAAACACUGAAAUGAAAUGAAUUGGGAGGGGGGAGGGGCAUACCUGUUUUUGGAAUGUCAGAGUACUGGCAAAAAUAAUCUGUUCUAUAUCUGUGUUAUUACAUUAUCUCAUAUGAUCUAAAAAGAAACAAGAAAUCAUGGUUAUCACUGUCUGUUUUUAACAAACAUUUCUCCAAAACCUUGUAACAACCGCACUGAACAGACAGAAAUUGAAUCUUGUUGUCAUAAAAAGUUUGAUCUCCUCGCAAAAAAAGUGCUUUAAAUGGCUUUAUUCAAUCUUCUGAACAUUCCACUUCAGGCGGCCGCAACAAGGUGUCAGUGGGCUCUCAAACCAUUCUUCACCUUAUAUAAAGAGGAUCAUGAUAAUA